AUGGCGUCAUCAGGCAGUCAAACUAUGAAUAUCAAGAUCGAAGACGAGGAACAGGAGCUGGCAAUUAAUGUCAAAGAGGAGGAGGAGGAAAUUGUUGUUUUUGUCAAUGCUGAUAGAGAGAAACCUUACCGGUGUACCUCCUGUAAAAAUACCUUUGUUCACCGUAGCUCUCUAGCAAGACACAAACAAUCCCACACUAGUGUCGCACAAUACAGCUGCUCAGAAUGUGGGAAGGAAUUCAGCCAAUCGUGGACUUUCAAGAUUCACAUGCAACAGCACACCGGAGAGAAACCGAACCACUGCUCUCCGUGUAAUAAGAGUUUCUCAGCUUCACCACUCCUCAAAAGACACCAGCGAGUUCACACUAAGGUGAAACCUUACCCCUGCUCUCUCUGCAGAAAUAAAUUAUCCUCAUCGGCAAAUCAGUCCUGUCUCCAUGCUGGAGAAGGACCUUUGGCUAGCCUGAGCCAAGCUCCUGGACAGGGAUCACAGCAGCAGGUGUCUGCAGCGGUAGAGGAGUCUGUUGUACUGGAUGUCAAAGUGAAAGAGGAAGAGGAGGAUCCUGCUUUUGAAGAGAGACCUGACCGCUGCUCUGAGAGUGAAGGGAGUCCCUCUACAACAGGACUACCUGAACAACACCAGGGGAAUCACACAGCUAAGAAGAUUCACUGCUGUUCAGUGUGUGGAAAAAACUGUCAGAAGUUAUCAAAACUACAAAUACACAUGAGAACUCACACAGGCGAAAAACCUUACUCCUGCUCUGUCUGCGGGAAGCAAUUCAGUGACAAAGGAAACCUGAAAAAACACCAGACGUUGCACACAGGAGAGAAGCUGUACAGUUGCUCCGUGUGUGGGGGAGAGUUUCUCUUCAUCGUCAAAUCUUACCAAACACCAGAGAACACACACAGGAGAGAGUCAUGGUUUUACACCAGCACUGGUUAUCAUAGUGAAAGAGGAGGAAGAGGAUCCUGCUUUUGGUAA